AUGGAAGAACAACUGCAACGUCGUAGUGCAGGCAAACUGCCGUCCUCUAAACGGUCCUCAAUGGCAUGUACAACAUGCCGCCAAGUCAAGUUGCGAUGCGACGCCACGAAUCGUUUCCCAGCGCCCUGUACUCGAUGCGCUAAAAAACGCAUCAACUGUAAAUUUGAUCCAAGCUUUAAGAGGACAGCUGUUCGCGGAUCGCUCGACAAGGUCAUGGAAGAGAACAAAAGGCUACGGAACCUUGUACAUGCUUCGGAGACCACGCCUUUGGAACGUCAUGAGCCUUUGGAACGUCAUGACGCUGCCGGUCUUUCAACUGUUUCCGAUAACUUAUACCCUUCGAGCAUUGGGCCAGCAGUCUCUUCUCUUGGGGAAGAAUCUUGGCAGGUACCGACUUCUAAGGAACUAGAAGAUGUUCGGGUGGAUGGCAUAACCGUCCAGAGUCUGUUUGAGCACUUUCUGAGGCACUACCUUGGCCACUUUCCGGUCCUAAAUUUGCAAAAGCCGAUUGACUCCAUCUACAACGACAGCCCGGUCCUAUUUUGGACAGUGAUAAUUAUCUCAGCUCGCAAACAUCCAAUACACUCGGAGCAGUUUAAGCAGCUACUGAUACCCUUUAAGCGGAUGUUCUCUGGCUACCUACUAAACUCGAUAUGCUCUAUCUAUACAAUACAGGCUCUAUUGCUCCUAUGUCUCUGGCCUUUUCCUGUGAAUAGGCAGCGGGAAGACCCAAGCUGGGAAUACUGUGGCAUGGCCGUUGCUGCUACGCUCAAAUUAACGCUAGAUGACACUCAAAGAAUUUGGGCCUCGAAUGACGUAUCUGUCGAAAAUGUGGCCUGGGGCCUGAAGACAUGGCUCGGGUGCUUUUUUGUAAGCACAAACCUUGCCGCGGCGCUUGCACUUCCCCCACCUAUGAGCUCGGUUGCUCAUCUGGUGCCGGGAAUCCGCGACAGAGUCCGCUCGAGCUUGUCCGAUGAAUUCCUGGCGCAAUUGGAAAUUCAAAGUUAUGCGAUUAGGGCGGCCGCGGUUUUGACAAACCAGAACUUCAACGGACUCCAGAGGUCCUUGACAGAAAUUUUGGAAGACGACUUGGAUACUCUGGAAACCCGUAUCCCGACUCAGACUCAUCUUCGUGUUCAUAUUGGGAUCCUGGCAGCAAGGCUUCGUUUGUGCGCAAUUCCGAUGCUCUCUGGGGUGUCGUCAACGACUGAAGAACAGGGUCUGGAUACCUGGUCACGAGCAGUUUGGUACAAGGGCUUUCAUACGUCCAUACAGCUGGUGAAUCUUUUUGCAGCCUCAACACUGCCUGGGGACACAAGUCUGAAUGAGGAUCAGAAAGUAAUCACCAUUUAUUGUCCAAAAAAUUAUUUCUACAUUCUGGUGACGGCUGGGAUGUAUUUCAUCAACCUGCUGGCUAUCGAUGGUGAUAUUUCCACAAACAACAGAGUCCUAGCGCAGAACCACAUCAAAAUGGUCUACGAAAUACUUGGUCAUUGGUCGCGAGGGGGUCGUGACGAGAUGUCAAGAGCAGCUGCGGUUAUUGACCUGCUUUCACGCCAUGUCGAUGCGCAAGACCCCUCAAAAUUGCAAGAAACGUCCAAUACAAUGCCAACAACAAGUGUAAUCACAAAUGGGUUGAAAAUGGUAGAUAAACUUCGGAACAGGGGGCCUAAACCAACAUCAAGGCUCAGAAUUGAUAUAUCAUCUCCCCAGGUCUCCGACUGGCCCGAUUUCCCCGGCGGCUUUGAGCAAGACUUCCUGGGGGACGAUUUAUUGGAAUGGAACACAUUGUUUGCCAAUAUGGAUGGGAUUACGUCGUUGUUUCACACACCUCUGCCUACACCGGGAGAUAAACCUGAUAUGAACACAUGA